AUCCCUCACUAAGAAACAUAGAAGAAUUAAAGGCAGCAGAAACCUUCUAACAAUGAAAAGUGCUUAUUUCCUUGUAGCUUUUGCCUUCUUGGCUUUUGCUUCCUCCUUGCAUCUACCUAUGACCUAGCCCUCUUCAGGACUUUUGCGCAGCCAUCAGCGACAACAACACCAAGAAUGGAGUCACAAAUCUUUGGUGCAGUGUUUGUGAAUGGCAAGUUCUGUAAAGACCCAAAGCUUGUUGUAGCAAAUGACUUCUUCCUUUCAGGGCUUUACAAGCCAGGAAAUGCAUCAAAUGCUGCUGGAUCAGCUGUCACUUUGGCAUUUGUUGAACAACUUUUGGGACUUAACACUCUUGGCAUAUCUCUUGUUCGUAUUGACUUUGUGCCUAAUGGUGGCCUUAACCCACCCCACACUCAUCCUCGCGAAAUUGAGAUUCUACUCAAUAUAGGGAAAACUUCGGCUGUUGCUUUUGUUGCUUUGAAUAGCCAAAAUCUAAGCACAAUCACAAUCACAGUCACAAUCGCCAAUUUUGUUUUUGGAUCCAAUCCACCAAUUAAUCCUAAUGUUCUUACCAAGGCCUUCAUGCUGGAGAAGAAUAUGGUGAAGUACCUCCAGUCACGGUUUUGAAGGAAAAACCUUUGUCAGAGAAAGACUUGAAAUGCCAUCUUUUCAUAAUUUAUUGCCUGGAUUGUCUUUGAGUGCUGUUUUUUCAUUGUUUUAUAUGAUCAUUUUUGUAUAAUAAAGAGGAUGCUUAAUU